UGAAGAACCUUGUGAUCAGUGAGGCAGAUGUAAACAAUUAGUGAGGAUGGCCGCGGAAGGUCUUGUGGUGGAGUUUCAAAAAUUUAAUAAAAAUGCCAGACAUUUGAAACGUCUGCAACGGGAAACUUUACAGUCGAUAGAAGACGUCGGUGUUUCGGGAAAUAUUGGUCCAGAUCAACUUGCAGAAAUUCGUUUUAGUGAAAUAGAGCUUAGUGAACUUCGACAUGUAUUGGGUGUGCCCCCAUGUAUAAUAGUGGCUGGACAGGAUGCUUACAGUAAAGUUGUAGUGGUUACACGGCUUUUGGCAGAACAGGUGCUGCCAAUUGUACCUAAUGCUCAUCCAGGAAAAGCAUGGAGACCCAUUAGAUUAAAGCAUUCUCAUACCCGUAUAGUGAAUUUGUCCACACCUGAGCAAGAUUCUCAUGAAGAAGGUUAUGAACUUGUUCGUUCUCUCCAUGCACACUCUCGUUCUUGGGGCACGGUUCCUAGGGCAGAUGUGGAACUAGACCAACACACAUUACAGGACCCAGUCUUGAGCAGUGCAACACUAGAAGUUGGUCUGAACCACCCCUUGUUAAAAGAAGGUGUCCAAGUGGUGAUUACACCCACUCUGCCCCAUACUCAUGGUCAUACCACAACUUCACAGUACCUUAAGACACUCUUACCUGAAGUCCUUCCCAUCAUCAUUUAUGCAAUUUCCAGGGAUAAUUUGACAUUUGAAGAGAAGAAUGAACUGCGUGAGCUUCGUAGACUAGAUCCCAAUCUCGCAGUCUUAUUUAUUCGUGUCCCCCAACUUCCUGAAACCUUCAGCGAUGACCUUCCAGAGUCGGAGCAGCACGAUAUCCUCUGUAAACUAAGAGUCCUGCCCUCACCAGUCCGACCAGAGCAGUCUCAUCAUCAUCUGUCCCCUUCAGGAUCACAGAUCAGAUCUCUUCCCCAUGUUCCUGUUCAACUCUUCCGAACUCUCUGUGAUGAUCUGGGAUACCUUACCAUGACACCCACUCCCAAGAAGUUCCGUUGCCGUUUGGUAGAACACAGUUACCGUGUAGAUAGUGAGCUCAUUGAGAGUUUCGAUGCCUUUUGCAAUGUUGUGCCUUAUAUGAGGAUGACUCUGCAAGCCCACCUCAUUCAUGCAGCAACACUUCUUAACCAGGGUCAUAAUCGUUGCAUGAGGAAGUUUAUUCUUUAUGCCUUUGACAUGGCAAGAGAAAUUCAAAUCACACCAAGAAGGAUAAGCUAUGCACGAGAAAAGGAAGCAGAACUUUAUGAAAGUUUAAUGGCAAUUGCUUCGAGCAAACAAGAUGAAAUUCGCAAUGUAAUUCUUGAUACCAUCGAGAAAAUGAAAGAUGACCUUUUAGAAAGAGCCGCUAAUUAUGAGUUUCGAGAAGUGGAUAAUGCUUCAUUGAUGAAUGAGGUUGUUUGCUCAAGAGAAGUUCGCAUAUGCACAGGAGAAAUUCAGGAACUAGUUGUUGGAUCACUUAAUGCUGAAGUAGGACGUCAGCUGGUUGACCGUGUUGAUGUUAUGCGAGACUCAUACCUAGGCACAUUACAACGUUGCCUUGAAAGUUUGGAAAAAGACUGCAGAGCUUGUGGAGAGAAUCCACACAUAGGGGAUGCAUUGAAACAGAUUGUGAAUGCAGCAUAUGAGGUAGAAGUUACAGUCACAACAUCAUCAUCUGUCUUGAGAUCACUUUGGGAGAAAAUGAAACAACUAGUAGCAGCAAUGCCAGGGAGAACACCACCUUGCAUAGAUGCUGAAUGGAAAAGAAGAGUUGCAGCAGACAUGAUUACUAGUCUUUCAGAGACAAAGCUAACAAAAAGUAUAUGUGCACAGUUCAGGGAGCGAUUAAAAAGUAGCCAUGAUUCUUUUCUUGGAAGUCUCAAGCAACUUGAAGCCCAAUUGACCUGUCGACUAGAAAAAACUGAAGAGCAGCAAACAAGGAUAAAAAAGGUGGAUGCUCCAAAGCUUGCAAGACUCUCGUUGGAGUCAACUUCUCUCAGAGAUAUGAUCCUUUUUGGUAUGCCAAGGUUAGACAGAGAGCUUGGAAGGGGUCAGUAUGGUGUGGUUUAUGGAUGUGAAUCAUGGGGAGGUUUUCGCCCCUGUGCUGUCAAAUCUCUUGUUCCAUUGGAUGAAAAACAUUGGAAUGAUUUAGCAAUGGAAUUUCAUUAUACUCGAAGCGUACCUGAGCAUGAAAGAAUUGUGGCCUUAAGAGGGAGCGUCAUUGAUCAUACUUAUGGACAAGGAGAAACGCCAGCUGUCCUUCUUAUCAUGGACAGGUUAACAAGAGAUCUAUACUCUGCCAUCAAGCACGGUCUUGAUUGGUUGGUCAGAUUACAGAUCUCUCUUGAUGUUACUCAGGGGAUUCGAUUUUUACAUUCACAAGGGCUAGUUCAUAGAGAUAUCAAAUUAAAAAAUGUUUUGCUUGACAGAGGUAACCGAGCCAAGUUAACUGACUUAGGGUUUUGCAAGCCAGAAGCUAUGAUGUCGGGAAGUAUUGUUGGUACACCAAUUCACAUGGCCCCAGAAUUAUUUACUGGUCAUUAUGACAACAGUGUUGAUGUGUAUGCAUUUGGUAUUUUGUUUUGGUAUAUAUGUGCUGGGCAUGUGAGGCUUCCACUUAUCUUUGAACAAUGCCAGUCAAAGGAUCAACUUUGGACAUGUGUUAAAAAAGGAGCAAGACCUGAACGUCUCAAGCAGUUUGAUGACACCUGUUGGGAACUGAUGCAAGAAUGCUGGGCGGGGGAUCCAUCGAAACGUCCAUUGUUAGGAGAUGUUGAACCCAGGUUAAUAGGAAUGAUGGACAGCUUUGCUAAAAAGCAACAACAAGAGAUAAAGGAAGAAGUAGUGGAAGAUAAUAUUGAAGAUGAUAGCAAAGUUGAAUCUGCUGUUGAUGCUACAGAGCAUUGUGGCUACAUAGUGCCUUAAAGAGAUUUAUCAGUAGUAUGUCUUAGAAUUUAAGAGAAUAAUUCUGAUCCUUGUAUAUACAGUGCAGUAUAGGAAUUAUUCACAAAUCUUCAGUUUUUGGAAGUGUUUGCUGCCAAUAUGUGGAAAACUUGAUCGAAACCAUGGUUUGUUUGUGAUAUUUCUGUAAUUUUCCAAAAGAUCUGAUCUAUUUGUUCUUAGCAGUAAACUUAGUUGGUAAACUUAGAAAUCUGCUUAUACAUUAGUGUACAGUGCUCCUUGCAUCUUGCAUCAAUUUUAUGGUAGUUCAGUCACUUAGAACCAUUUUAGUAAGCUUUGCCUUAGAAUAAGGUUUUUGAAUACCAAACACAAUAUGGUUUCUUGGCAUCCAAGACACUUAUGGUUGAAUUAAAUAACUACCAGUACAGACACAAGAAAUAUUUAGCAAGAAAGAAGAGAUCUCUUUUUCUUUGAUCAUUAUUUCCUAUUAGUACUGUAGAGCUCAGCUUAGUAUUUAGUAGAGUCUGAUUUGUGUCAGUAGGGUGAGAGGAGUCUUGUAAGGUCGCUGUUAUAUCUGUGAUUAAAAUAUAUCUUAGCAAUAUUCAUGUAUGAUAUUGCUAAGAAAUACUGAUUGAUAUUUCUCUUACAUUCAUAUUUUCUACCACUCUUACUGUCAUUUGAUUUCCAUCCACUUACAGCUGUGAAGUAUAUUAUUUUGCUUGCCACUUGUAAUGAACCUGAUAGUUGUAACAAAAGAAAACAUUCAGUGUACCAUAGGAUUGCAUCAUUCCUCAUAUCAAUUGUAGUACAUCACUGAACUUAUUUUGCUUAAUCUUUUAAUUGGCCACACACUCAUGCAUUAAAAAUAAAUUCCAUAAAGAUAUUUUGUCAAAGUUUUCAAUAGUUUUAAUGUCACCAAUUAUUUAGCUUUCAAAAAUCAUAAUAUUCUCAGAAUUCAUAUACAAGAACAGUCCUGCAAGAGUUUAGAAAUGUAGCUCAUUGGUCUUGUUAAACUAUUUGAUAUGAAUUAUACCUAGAUUAUCAUUUACUUGGACCUUUCGUUUUUACGGAAUGAGCCUUAUGGUCACACAAAAUAAAAUAAAUAGCCCAUCUUGUAUGCAGGAAAUGAAUCAGUUAUGGUAUAACAAUUCUGCAUUAAAAUUUGAAAAGAGGCCUAGUACAAUAAUACUUUGCAUGAAAUUAUUUGAAAAAGGAUAUUGGAAAUGUAAAACUAGUUCAAAAUAUCAUAAGUUUAAUCACGCACUGUUUCUUAGAAUAUUCUCUGCAUAGUGAAUCAUACACAUAUCCAAAGUACAUAACAUUAAGUACUUUUAUGGUACUAUGUUUUAAAAGUAUUGAAACCCCAAAUUUUGUGAGAGAUAAAUUAUGCAGCCAGUAGCUUCAGCUUACCAUCUACAGAGGCAAGUUUAGAUCAUCACCACUAUAAUCAUUAUAUGCUUCAGUUUUUAUUUUACUUAGUUGUGUUCUGGAAUCAUGGUGGUGUGAUUUGCAUCAACUGUAUGGUUUUGUAAUUAAAAUAGACAUUGUUGUCAAUUAUCAAUACAGUUACUGAAAUCAUUAAAUACUUUAACAAGACUACUUGAAUUAAAAUAUGUUGCAUUCCAAAAUUAUGGAUAUGGCAAUUUAGGUAUGGCACAAUUGAUUUAUGCUUGCUAUUGUGUGAUUUAUUGGUCUUUAAAACAAUGAAUACUGAAUGUGGAAUCAUAAAUGAAGUAGCAGUUUUGCUAUUGAAUGCGAGUUGAGCAGUCCUCUCACUACAAAACCCACCAGUGUAAAUUUUCUCUUAAUUCUGUAAUUAUAAAUCCCAUUUAAAUUGGACCCACUACUUUGAAUGUUUAACUUGGUAGCUAUCCUGUGCAUUUUGUUGUACAGUUUACAUCCUGUUUAAGAUCAGAGUUGCAUCUCUUUCAUUGAUAAUAAUCUAGACAAAAGUAGUAACCUUUGUGAUGAAUGACGUAACUUGGAGCCCAUAUUUUACCAUGGUACAUUUUUUUACUAGCACAAUAUUACCUACUGUUGUUGGUAUUAACACAAAAAUUAAGUUCUGGCUAAUAAUGUACAGGAGUCCAUUCUAAAGUGUGUUUUAGGGGCUGUAUGUAUGUAUUUUGUCAUUGUCAGUAAAAAAUAAAGAAUGGAAUUUGAAUACUUUCAGUAAAUACACAGGCAGACAACAGUUGUUUCAGAUAUAACUUUGGGCAUUUUUAAAAUGUAUUUCUGUUGUCUUCAGCAGUGGUCUGGCAGAAUCAUUUACAUACUUUUAGCAUCCUUUACAAAUUAUCCUUCAUCCUUUUUUUCUGUAUUCACAAUGAAGCAGAAUCUGAUUAUUGUAUUGAUGUUUUUGUAUAUGAUCAAGGCUGUAGUCAGAGUUUAUAGGUUUUGGCAAAUUAACAUUUCACAGUUUAGUACUGUAAUUUAAUAAAGGGAGUUAAUAUGAAGUCUAUUAAUAUGGAUCUUAGGAAAGGUACUGUAAUUUUAGAAGUAGUCUUUAGAAAUUGUGUUUGCUGCACCACAAUUGUAGAUCUUUUUAAGGCUCCUAAUUGCUUUUACUGCUAUUUGAAUUAAUAUAGCUAAACUUUCAACAGCACGUGGAAAUACAUCCCAGUUGGACAGUAUUCACCAGUACAGCCUUAAUGGCACACUUUGAUGCCUGGUAGAAGCACCCAGCCCUUGCUCUUCAACAAUAUUUUCACUUGUCAGAUGCUGUAUUUAAAGUCAGAAAAUAUGGCAAACAGACUACUAUUGGUGCAUGAGUACAGGUAUUGGUAGUGUUGCCCUUGAUAUCUUUGGGUGCUGUGAUGUUACAGAGUACAUUUUCUUUUAUUAUGAAAAUGAUAAUUUUACCCUUCUGUGUGAUGUCAUGCAUCAUACUAACUCUAGUUCUGAUUGAUGGAUGAGCAGUCUGGUAAUGGUACAAAAUAGGAUUCCCAGUAUUAGCUUUUUUAUUGCUCAUCUUAACCAAGUUGAAAUCUCAAUUCAGCUGCCGUCUCUAUAGAUGUACUGUGGUUUAAAGAGUUAUGGUGUUCAUAAUUUUAAGAAGAAUGUUUGUAAAUGUAUUUAUAGUAUUGAAAUUGUGUGCACUUAUGCUUUUCAUAACUAUAUAGUACAUAGUUAUGUAUUACGUAUAUGCUAUAUUUAGGAUGUCUGUGACAUGCCUUACUUUCACACCCCAAAAGAAAAAUAUGCUUCCUGAAACAUUGCCAUUUUCCUGACAAAGUGCUUAACAGUUUCAAAGUAUUGUAUAUCUGUGUUAUAGUAGUUACCUUGUUUGUAACUUUUACAUUUAUGGUACAGCCUCUUAUAGAGAAAGUUUAUUUUGUAGUUGUUUGUGAAUUGGUAAUUUUAUAAGGAAAAAAAUUGAGGUCUGUUGUUUAUACAAAAAAAUUCUUUCAUCAGUCUCAGGAGUGAUGUUUUCUUACUCCAAAGUAAGAAAAGUACAGAAUGCUCUUAGAACUGGUUUUCAUUGGGUAAAAAUAACCAUAUUUCUAGCUUAAAAAAUUAAAUUUUGAAGGUAUUUUCUUUCAUAGGAGGAGGCAGAUGAGAGGCAAAGGUCAGUCUUGAGGAUAAUUUUGUUACCAAAAAUAGAAGUUUGAAGGCCCUCAUCUAGUCAGUCUUUAAAAAAUAAGCAAAUGUGGGUGAAAAGGCAGGUCUUAACCUACUGGAAAGGAAAUUAAAGGACUUGGGGGGGAUGACAGAAUCCAAGAAUUUUGUCAU